GAAAACUGGGUCAGCUACAGAGUUUAGUUAUGCAGCUCCUUGGGGAAAAACAGUAUUUACAUCCAUAUAGCAGAACUAAUAAUAAACUAGGCCAAAUGCUACCAGAUACCACUAUACCAACAUCGGCUCAGACCACACCCAAUCAAAAUAAAACAUUUGGUAGUAACUUACAUAGUACUCAUCUAGACGAUUAUGACUGGCCGUCUUCAGACACAGAGAGUAUGUCCUCGGACGAGGUAGAAAUAACUGGGAAUCAUGUUGCACCGCUCACACCAAACUCAACGAGUACACCAAGUAAAUAUGUACCUCAAGGUGAGAGAACAGCCAAGCAGAUCAUGGAACUAUUAGAGCUUAUGGGAUCACCAAAUAGCAUUGACAAACAUUCCUUAUUAGACCAUGCUUUUUAUCCAUGCCGUUGUUGUUCAGGAGAACUUAUUACGUUAUAACGACAGUGAACCUCUGCAAGUAUUUAUCCCCCGAUCCCCCUAGAUGAGGAAUAUUCAGAGAGGGACUAUAUAUUCAUCUGUUACCAUGGCAAUAGGUGAACUUGUUGCAUCCGGUGAUGGUGAUGUUUAUGGAUUCUUUGCAGCUACAAGUCAACAUCAAAAGAUCUCUAUCCCAUACUCACUGUAUUCUCCCAUGCAUUGUCUACAAAUUCAGUGUUUUUCGAUUGUUGGCUUUGCUUCCUGUUGAGUUAUAUCGUUACAAUGCCUGCUCUGCUUUCGGGGCAGUUUUUAUUCAAUGGUGUCGGAAACAAUGACAGGAAUUAUGUGAAACAAGCAACACUGUACUGCGUACAAAGAGAUGGCACAGACCAGCUGACAAGAAUACACUGCAAAAAAACUGAAAGAUGCUCAACACAGUGACUGAAAUAAUUCAAAUUGAUUUCACAGCAAUCUGGUUUAUUUGUUAAUAUGUUACCUUCUGACAACCACUUCUCGUGAUGGAAGUAAAACUUUUGCACCAUGGAGAUACCAUCUUAUCUGCCUCUAUACCCCCCCGAGUAAAAACCAAUUAUUACUACAAUUUCAUGUACAUAUAUUAUUACCAGUACAAUUUAUUGUAAAUUUUUUUUCUGCUGUAUUAUUCUAUAAAUUAUGAAUUAUUUCCGAAAUGUCUUCAGUUGAUGCAAUAUAUGUACAUAAUAUUAUAGAGCAAAGAACUAGUACGGAGUAUAGUGUUAUGUUGUUUAUAUUUUACAAUUUCUUUGAAAUUUGUAUAAACACGUACUUUAUAUUGGUUACAAUUGGUUGAGGGCUAUUUGUAUGCGCUUCUGUUGCAAAAAAUAUGCGUCCCUUUAUUAUUAUUUUUCAUUCCUAAAUAAGCUGAUUGAGGAGAUGUUUUGUUAACACUGAUAAGAAGCUUUUUUAAUGUACCUUAUUAUGAUUGCACUAUUAUACUUUCUAGUAACAUAAAUUCUGAUGGGAUUUACCAGGGUGUGAGAUGGGUGGAAGAAAACAAAAUAAAACACAGAGGUAUGUUUAUUCCCAGUUGAUCUGUGGUGGUAUGGAAUCAAACAAGGUACAAACCCUCUGUGUUUUAAGCACAUUACACAAAUCUUAAAUUUGGUGAAAAACUCAUCACCAUUCUUGACAUAUCAGGAGAGCAUGGUCAGAUAAAUUGUGUACAAUGAUGUACACUCUUAUCUUACUUGAAAAUACUUACUACAGUAGUUAUAUACAGUCCCGAAUGUGAUGAAGAUUUAGGAAUAAUCGUUUAUAUUUGCUACCACGUUUUCCUCACUGCAUACAAAGUGACAUUCCCAUACAAGCUGAACAUUGAAACUGGGCAGUGCCUACAAGCUGAGCAGUUCCAACACGCUGGGCAAUGCCUACACAUGCUGAGUUGUACCUACACGCUGGUUUGCAAGUCGUAUCAUUAAUAUCUCAUCAGAACAGAAUCAGAAAACAAUAUUCUUUUAAUUCUCUGAUAAUUGAGAGACAUGCAUGCAAGCCUUCCUAUUAUAGUCAUAAAUAUGCUACAUUAGCCAGCUAAAAACCCCUUCCCCAGAUGGAGAUAAUGCUCCAACACAAACGUCUUAUUACUAGCUUAAUACAAAGCUAAAAUUAAUUCAAACUGCUCUGAUUGUGAAAACUUUGUGUGAAGAUUUUAUUUUAUUUUAAAGCCAAUAUUACAAGAGUUUAAGAGAAGUUGUCCCAUUAUCCCAAG